CAUGCAAGGUGAAGUGGCCACUGGACUCGGGGUGCAGGAGGCUCCCCCACCUGGCUCCAGCUUCUCAUGAGCUCCAGCCUGCAGGCAGAGCCAGAGUCAGACUUUCUCCACAAGAUGAUUGGGCUGCUCUACCCAGGACUGUGGAGUUAUUGAAAUUAUGAGACUAUCAUUCACAUGGAAGCAUUAUAGUUCUUCGGAACCAUUAUGAUCUCCAAAGGAAAGGAGAAUGAUACAGAUACACUGGCUGAGGUGUUUUGAGGUGCAUCGAAGUGUUCCAAGUUGUGACUUACCUUAACAUGUUCUUGAAGUACCAUGGCGUGGAUUAAAAGAAAAUUUGGUGAGCGACUUCCACCUAAAAGACUCACUAGGGAAGCUAUGCGAAAUUAUUUAAAAGAGCGAGGGGAUCAAACAGUACUCAUUCUUCAUGCAAAGGUCGCACAGAAGUCAUAUGGAAAUGAAAAAAGGUUUUUUUGCCCUCCUCCUUGUGUCUAUCUUAUGGGCAGUGGAUGGAAGAAAAAAAAAGAACAAAUGGAACGUGAUGGUUGUUCUGAACAAGAGUCUCAACCAUGUGCAUUUAUUGGAAUAGGAAAUAGUGACCAAGAAAUGCAACAGCUGAACUUGGAAGGAAAGAAUUAUUGCACAGCCAAAACAUUGUACAUAUCUGAUUCAGACAAGAGAAAGCACUUCAUGUUGUCUGUGAAGAUGUUCUAUGGCAACAGCGAUGACAUCGGCGUGUUCCUCAGCAAGCGGAUAAAAGUCAUCUCGAAACCUUCCAAAAAGAAACAGUCGUUGAAAAAUGCUGACUUAUGCAUCGCCUCAGGAACAAAGGUGGCUCUUUUUAAUCGACUUCGCUCCCAGACAGUCAGUACCAGAUACUUGCAUGUAGAAGGAGGUAAUUUCCAUGCCAGUUCUCAGCAGUGGGGAGCAUUUUACAUUCAUCUCUUGGACGAUGAUGAAUCAGAAGGAGAAGAAUUCACAGUCCGUGAUGGCUACAUCCAUUACGGACAGACAGUCAAACUUGUGUGCUCAGUUACUGGCAUGGCGCUCCCAAGAUUGAUAAUAAGGAAGGUUGACAAGCAGACCGCCUUGCUGGAUGCAGAUGAUCCUGUGUCCCAACUCCACAAGUGUGCAUUUUACCUUAAGGACACAGAAAGAAUGUACUUGUGCCUUUCUCAGGAGCGGAUAAUCCAGUUUCAGGCCACUCCAUGUCCAAAAGAGCCAAAUAAAGAGAUGAUCAACGACGGCGCUUCCUGGACAAUCAUCAGCACGGACAAGGCGGAGUACACGUUUUACGAGGGGAUGGGCCCGGUCCUUGCCCCCGUCACGCCCGUGCCUGUCGUAGAGAGUCUGCAGUUGAAUGGCGGUGGGGACGUAGCAAUGCUUGAACUCACGGGACAGAAUUUCACUCCAAAUUUACGAGUGUGGUUUGGGGAUGUAGAAGCUGAAACUAUGUACAGAUGUGGAGAGAGCAUGCUGUGUGUUGUCCCAGACAUUUCUGCGUUCCGAGAAGGUUGGAGAUGGGUUCGGCAGCCCGUCCAGGUUCCAGUAACUUUGGUCCGAAAUGAUGGGAUCAUUUAUUCCACCAGCCUUACCUUUACCUACACGCCAGAACCAGGACCACGGCCACACUGCAGUGCAGCGGGAGCAAUCCUUCGAGCCAGUUCAAGCCAAGUGCCCUCUAACGAAUCAGAUGCAAACAGCGAGGGAAGUUACACAAACGUCAGCACAAACCCAACCAGUGUCACGUCUUCUACGGCAACAGUGGUGUCCUAACUACCGUCUUUGUUGUUGUUGUUGUUGUUGUUAGGACUUAAACUGACUUUAAGUGUGACAAAAUGUUGACAGAAAAAAAAAAAGAAAGAAAGAAAGA